AUGAGUGAUGAUGAAGAAAAGGAAUUUAAACAUAAAUAGAGAUAGACAAAAUAAUAAUUGUAUUAAUUUAUUUAGAGAGAUGAGUUUAAUCUAAUCAUAGAUUGCAUCAACAUGUCUAUUAGUUUCAUUCUGAUAUUUGUUUACAUAUAUUCAACUUAUGAACCUGAACCAUUUUAAAAUGCUACAUGGGCAGUUUUUAACACUAUCCUUCACCUUUUACUUCUAAGUGAAUGGAUUUUCAAAUUAUAUGCAACUAAGAAUUUUUAAUCAUUCAUUAUGUCCUCAGAAUCAAUAAUUGCUAUAUUGUCAUUGUUGCCGUAUUUCAUAAUUAAAAUAUCUACUCUUAAAUUAUUUAUUGAAGAUGAUGACAAAGUGAACAUUUUUGCAAACCUAGUAUGUCUCUUUAGAGGACUUGAAUUUGACAGAAUGAAAAAGUACCUAGAUUCAGAAGUUAAUAAGUAAUUGACAUCGAUAAUGAUCACAACUGCAACUUUAGUCCUUUGUGCUGCAGGUGCUUUGCAUUUCAAUUCACUCUUUUUAGAAACAGUAUUGCAUUUCAAGUUUCACUACUUUAUUUACUUUGUAAUGACUACUAUUUCUACAAUGGGUUACGAGAAUAAAUUCUCAAGUGCAAUCUCAAGAGUUUUAAUCAUUAUACUUGUCCUGUUAGCCUUAACGUUUGUGCCCUAUUAAACUGGACAAUUGAUCAGACAUCUUAGUUCCAAGUCAUACUAUGCUAGAUUAAAUUACAAAUCAAGUCAGGCUGUUCCACAUAUUGUAAUCUUAGGAACCAUUUCUUUGAAUGCAGCUGAGAACUUUUUCAAGGAGUUGUUUCAUGAAGAUCAUGGAUUGGCACAAAAGCAUGCAAUCAUUUUAUGUCCUCAGAGACCAGAUGUGAAUUUAGAAUCACUAAUUCAAUAACCAGAAUAUUCCAAUGUCAUUUACAUUUAAGGUGAUCCUCAUUUGGAUAAAGAUUUGAAAAGAUGCCAAAUUGAAAAAGCAAAGGCCAUCAUAAUAAUGUGCAAUAAAUAGAGUUCUGACCCUACUGCAGAAGAUAGCAAAACUAUUCUACUAGCAAUUGUCAUUAAGAGCUACUUAAAACAACAUAAUACUACAGGAGUCAAAAUUAGAUUCUGUAUGCAGAUUUUAAGAUAAGAAGGCAAAACUCACUACUUCUUGUCAUUAAAUAAAUAAACCAAAUUUGAUUAAGUGAUUUGCAUUGAGGAAUUAAAGAUGUCACUCCUUGCAAAGUCUUGUUUGUGUCCAGGAUUAAUUGCAUUUAUUUCAAAUCUUAUUACAUCUUCUGGAAACCCUCCAAAUCUACCAUAAAAAUGGUUAAAUGAAUAUUGGAUUGGCUAAGGAUUUGAAAUCUAUAAAACCUUGCUUCCUAAUUUUUUUAGAGGCAAAUCAUUUACUCAAACUGUCUUAAUUUUAUAUAAAUAGUUUCAAGUCAUAUUAUUUGGAAUUGAGAUAUCUUCUCCAAAUGAUUAUGAGAAAAAUCUAUUGAAUCCUGGAGAUAUCAUUUUGCCAUCAAAUCCAAAUUACAGAGUUAUGGGAUACAUCAUUUGCAAAGAUAAAGAAACAGCAGAUGAAAUUUCCAUAUACAAAUAAAGUCAUCAAGAUAAAAUGAAUCAAAUUAAAUCAGAUGGCACUACCAGAAGAUUAUUAGAAUCAGAAGAAACAGUUAACAUUCGACCGAGAAGACCUACCAUUUUCCAAAAUGUGAAAACUCUUUUUGGAUUCUCCCAAGCAGAACCAGAUUAAAAGAAAGGAAAUGGUGCCAAAAAUGAGAACUCAAAAAAUGUUGUUUUGCAUCUUAAAAAUCAAAGAGGUUGGGUUAAAACAGACAUGUUCGAUCCAAGUUAAGACACUCUCAUCCAUCCAAAAGAAAAUGAAAAGUUUGAUCAAUUAGAAGAAAUUGAUGAAAAUAGUGAUGACCAAUAAAAGGACAUUGCAGAGAUGCAGAUCAAAGAAAAAUUUUAAAAAGAUACAGCCAGAAAUUGGCUUUAACUUGAUUUUAACAAUAAUAAAAUUGAGAAGACCAGUCAUUUAACUAAUGAAAAAGUUGGGCUCAAAGAUGUCACCUUCAAAACAUUAUAAGACUCAAUUCUGGCUUAAAAUCAUGUUAUUCUUUGUGGAUUAGUAGCAAAUUUAAUUAAUUUUAUAUUGCCACUUAGAUCUAAAUACUUAAUUACUUAUCCUCCAAUUGUAAUUUUAAAUGAUCAGGAACCAAGUGAAAAAUAAUGGGCUCAAAUUUGUUAUUUCCCAGAAAUAUAUUUCGUUAAAGGUACAGCCAUGAGUUAAAGAGAUUUAAUAAGAGCCAAUAUUGAAUAAGCCAUUAGAGUUGUGAUUUUAUCGCCAAAAGAAAUAUCUACUGCCAAAUUUGAGGAUGAUUCUUAGGACAAUGAUCAGAUAAUUUAAUAAUAGCAAUUGACUAAGGAUCAGGAAGAUUUACUGGAUGCAAAAACCAUAUUCAAAUAUAGAAAUAUCAUUAGAUUAAAACCUCACAUUUAAAUUGUUACUGAAUUUGUAUCGCCCUCUAACAUUUAGUUUCUGCUAUUUGAUAAAGAUUACGAUUUAAUGAAGCAGUAUGGUUAUAAUCAUACACCAUUAUUUGCAUCUGGUUAAAUCUAUUUCUCUUCAGUGAUGGAUGGUCUUCUGUGCUAGUCAUUCUACAAUCCUGCUUUGGUGUAAGUGUUAUAUCAAUUAUUGGUGGGGAAUAUUAAGGAAAAUGAAAAAACAGGAGCUAUGUUACAAUAUCAGAGCAAGGGAUUGAAUCAAUCGAAAGACUUUAUUUCUGAAGAUAAAGACAUAUCAAGCAACCUAUUCCAAAUCCCAGUUCCUAAGGCAUUUUAAAAUAAACCAUUUUAAAAAUUAUUUUAUCAUUUAGUUAAAAUGAAACAAAUUGUUCCUUUAGGAUUAUAUAGGCUCGCAGGAGCAACAGAUAAUAAGGUGCCAUACAUUUGCACUAAUCCAGAACCUAAUACAAUAUUGACAAAUAAAGAUAUAGUGUUGGUUCUAGCUAAGGAAAUGCCUUAAUCUGAUUCAAUUAAUUGGGGAGGACCACUAGAGGAAAUGGUAUAACAAUAAAAAUAGGCCCAUAAUAUCUAUAAAAAGAAGGAGUCUACUUCGUCAAGCGAAGAUAAUGACUUAAUAUAAAUUAAUGAUAAUAAUGAUAAAGAAGUACAAAGAGCAAAGCAAUAUAAUAAUGAAACCGAACAAGUUAUGAAAAAAAUAUAGAAUGUCAUAGAAGAUGUGUAAAAAUUAGAAAAAGAAUCAGAAGAUUUUUAGAAAAAAAUGAUAGAUAGGCAAAAUAGAAUUUUGGCAAGAUUGAGAGAUGUAUUUAAAGAAGAGUUGUUGCAAUUUUAAUAGAAAAGAGCAGAAGUUUCACAAAACUUCACUUAUAAAAGUUCAGAUGAUUGA